GAUUGAUAUUAAUUAGCAUCUCCAGUUUUGUUGUGUUAGUGGUUUCUUACAACCUAUUUAUUGCGCCAUGCUCUCAUACAAUAGAAUCAGAAUCGGAAUUCUUCCACCCGGCUGUUUUCUUGGCGUUCUUAUUUCGUGGCAGGUUGAACCGGUUGGGGACGUCACAGCAGAUUUCAGUCAGGUUAUCCGUACUGUCAGCGGAACCCACAACGUCUUAUUACCCUAUUUUUUGUGUAUUUUUACCAUUUCAAAAGUUCACCAUCAGCCCAAUGGAUUCCGCUAUUGGCUGACAUAUACUGAAAUAUUGAUUUGUAACAGGCAACUCUCCGAUCUCUUCUUCUGUAUUUCCUUCUAUUCUCGAUGUACACAAUACCCGGUUAAGUUGACCGGGUUUUGCUUGACAUUUACCCAAUACACUAACACUUGUGCUUUGCCAUGAUUGGCUCCUUGUGAUGUGCUGUUGGAACUUCCACAAUUUUCUUUGUCAUUGGUCGCGGGUUCCUAUUUGUUCUUCAGCUGAUCAACGCGUUCCCCAACCUCUGGAACGCCGCAGUCAACAUCCGUUUCUGCGAUCACUUGUUACUGGGAUGGGUUUUUCGACGGUUCAUCUGAUUGCCAGCUACCUUAUCGGCUGUUUGACUCCAGCCUCUUUUUGCAGUUAUUAUCUGGUAAAUAUAUCAGGAAUUCCUGGCUAUGGGUACCACACUGUUUUAGGUUUGGGGGAACCAACUCAAAAACUGCAAUUUUUGCUGGACACGGGUAGCAGUAAUUUGGCUGUGGCAACGGACAAGGUGUCAACUGUCCAACGUUGGUUUGUUGCAAAUGAGUCCAAAACUUUAGUAUGCUCUAAUCUGAAACAAACUGUCCGGUAUCAACAGGGUACAUGGAGUGGGAAACUCUGUACCGAGCAGUUGACACUUUUCACGACCUCACUCGUUUCCCCCAGAUUGAACGCCAACUUAAGUUUGCGAAGCCAGAUUUCCUUAAUAGACCUAAGCAAUAAUUUCUUCCCGUCAAACAAUACAUUGUCCGUUUGGGAAGGCAUACUCGGUUUGGGGUUUGCCAAACUCUUCGUCAAGCCUAUCUCCGACAGCUGGGUGACUAAAAUACUCUCUCCGUUCAAAUGGACCCGCACUUGGACCAAAUCGUUUCUGGAGCAGUACAGAGGACACAGUCUUUUUGAUGACCUGGUGCUUCAACUGGGUUUGCCCAACCUCUUUAGCCUACAUCUGUGUGGUUUAACUCAAAAUGCUGGCCAAUCGAAUGUUGCUACUGGUGUGUGGGGGCUCGGUACAACUAUCGUCAAUAAAUCUGCAGCUUCAAAUGGACCGAUUUUUUUCACCCCUAUCAGACAAGCUUGGUUCUACGAGGUUGUACUGACUGAUCUACGGAUUAAUAACCACAGCGUAGUCGAUGAUUGCAAGGAGCUAAACUUCGAUAAAACAGUUUUGGACACAGGAACGACAAAUAUCGAGCUACCACAGAGGGUAUUCACCUCUGUUGUGAACCACAUCAAACGUCACUUUUACCAUCAAAGUUCACUGAGGAAGAUUUAUCCCAGCUCUUUUACCAAGUUCUGGCGCACCGAGUCCCUGUUGUGUGAAAGCGCUGCAAGUGGACACGUUGGCGGGAAGACAGGAUUACCCUACAUCCUAUUUCCUACCAUGGAAUUCCAUUUUGAAGAAAAUCCUGCAAACGAAAAACCUGAGACAAGCUUCAUUCUAUCACUUUCUCCACAGCAGUACAUUCGUUACGUAGGACGGACUUCCAAACGUGGUCAGUUGCGCGACUGCUUCGCCUUUGGAAUUCAACCAAGUCGUGUAGGAACCACAUUGGGUUUGGUCUUCCUCGAGGGAUUUUUUACUAUCUUCGAUCGCGGCUCACUUCAAAUCGGGUUCAGUGACUCUGCAUGCAAUCGAUACUCAAACUUAUCAACCGUAGCGGUGUCACAAGUGCUUGGAAUUCAAAGGAGGCACGCGCUCACUGGCCCCACGGCUUCCGUUGCAUGCGCCUUCCACCGACCAGUGCUUUCAUCAUUAGUCGGGAGUGCAAAUUGGACUUGCUUCCUAGCCAUUUUAUGCAGUAUUGUGCAAGUCUUCACCACUGUGUUAGUCAGAUAUAUUUCUAGAAAAUAG